AAGACAUCCAUAGAUUGCACACUCUCCUCCUCCUCCGUUCCCCUCCACCACUUCUUUGGGUGUGUUUUAUCUCCGAGAGAGAGAGAGACUGUAACUGAGCAGCGAGCGCUAGCCAGAGAAAUGAUCUCGUGGCACGACCUGAACACGGUGCUGGUGGCGGUGGUGCCGCUGUACGUGGCGAUGGUGCUGGCGUACGGGUCGGUGCGGUGGUGGGGGAUCUUCUCGCCGGAGCAGUGCGCUGGCAUCAACCGAUUCGUGGCCGUCUUCGCCGUGCCUCUGCUCUCGUUCCACUUCAUCUCCACCAACGACCCCUACGCCAUGAACCUCCGCUUCGUCGUCGCCGACACCCUGCAGAAGCUGCUCGUCCUCGCGGCCCUGGCCGUCUGGUCCAAACUCCUCCGCCGACGCCCGUUCCCUGGCGGCGUUUCAUCCCUCGACUUGUCCAUCACCGCUUUCUCUCUCUCCACCCUCCCCAACACGCUGGUGAUUGGCAUCCCCCUGCUCGUCGCCAUGUACGGGCCCUAUUCCGGCUCCCUCAUGGUCCAGGUCGUCGUCUUGCAGUGCAUCAUCUGGUACACCCUCAUGCUCUUCCUCUUCGAGUACCGCGCCGCUCGCCUCCUCGUCGCCGACCAGUUCCCCGACACCGCCGCCUCCAUCGUCUCCUUCCGUGUCGACCACGAUGUCGACUCGCUCGACGCCGGGGCUGCCGAGACCGCUGCAGAAUUCAACGGCGACGGCAAGAUUUACGUCACCGUCCGCAAGUCAACGUCGUCCAGGAGGUCGACCGUGACGACCCCCCGGCCGUCCAACCUUACCGGCGUUGAGAUCCACUCCCUCAGCUCUUCCCGGAACACCACCCCCAGGGGAUCCAACUGCAACAACGCCGAGUUUCCCUCCCCGACACCGCCAUUCCGCUCGUCGAGCUUCGGCCCCGCCGACAUCUACUCCCUACACUCCAGCUUAGACAACGACCACUACGCCACGGAGGUCCCAGCCGCGGCGAAGAAGCCGCCCCAUCCGCAACCCAGCUACCAUCACAACCACCGAGCAGGGGUGGGAGCAACGACGGUAAAGGCGGCAGCGGACGCGAAGGAGCUGCACAUGUUCGUGUGGAGCUCGAGCCCGUCGCCGGUGUCGGACCACGUCGAUCACGGGGCAAAGGAGAUUCCGGUGGUGGUGCCAGCCGACGUGCCCUUUAACGGCCUCACCACCAAAGGCUUCGACGAGGAGGAGGCGGCCAACUACAAGGGCGCGGGAGGAGGAGAAGGAGGAGGGCCGUCCGAUAGCGACGGAGGGCCACACCAGAUGCCCCCCGCGGGCGUCAUGACCCGUCUGAUCCUGAUCAUGGUGUGGCGUAAGCUGGUCCGCAAUCCCAACACCUGCUCCAGCCUCGUCGGCCUCCUCUGGUCCCUCGUCGCCUUCCGGUGGAACAUUACCAUGCCGAAGGUUGUAGAGAAGUCCAUCUCCAUACUCUCCGACGCGGGCCUCGGGAUGGCCAUGUUUAGCUUAGGGCUGUUCAUGGCGCUGCAGCCGAGGAUAAUAGCGUGCGGGAACAGGGUGGCCGCGCUCGCCAUGGUGAUCCGGUUCGUGGCCGGACCCGCGACGAUGGCCGUGUCGUCCGUCGCCGUCGGCCUGCGUGGGACCCUCCUCCACGUCGCCAUCGUGCAGGCGGCGCUGCCGCAGGGCAUCGUGCCCUUCGUCUUCGCCAAGGAGUACAACCUCCACCCUGCCAUCCUCAGCACAGCGGUUAUAUUUGGGAUGCUGAUAGCUCUUCCGAUCACCUUGCUAUACUACAUUCUUCUGGGACUAUGACAGACUUCUUCUCCUGCAAUGAUGCUGACGCUCCUCUACCUCACCAAAUGGAUGCGACAGUCUCCACCUUAGAGAACAACACUGUGUGUAAACGACAUCAUCUUACUACAGAGGCAGAAAGGAAUCAUGGUGCAAAGGCUUCUCGCUGAAUCAAUUUGACAGCCGAUGUGGAAUCUAUAUGUAGUCAAAGGUGUUGACCCGUUCAAAGCUUUGAACGAGGAAAGGUGAAGUAGAAACGAGGCAGAUAAAGGAGAGCGUGGUGUCAAACGAGGACAUCGCUUUCUUAAGCAAAUCGUCUCCCAUUCCGGCUGAGCCAUCAACUCAUACCGACAUCUCACUGCUUAAUAGAUUAAUUCUUAUAAUUAGUUAUUUUUAACGUCCCAAUUUUUAUACUUU